AUUACUCUCUAACACAAAAACUGCAAAGAAGACAUAGCAGCAGUGCCUAUUAGGGAAAGAGAAAGAGAUAUGAGAUAGAAUAGAACGAAGAAGAAGAAGAGGCUUAGGGUAAAAGGUGGGAGCAGAUGAUGGAAUAUGUCGGUCAUUUUUGGCUUUAUCUUCACCCUACAUCAACGUGGCGGCCGUGCCCAUACGACACACUAGCAGCCAACUAGAAGCAUAUACAAGAGAGAAAAGCUGAGGGAAUCAAUCCCAUAUUGGACAAGCUCUGUUUGAGGGGGUUUCGUUUUCUUGGGAUGGAAGGAGAGUACAGUUGUUCGUCGUCGUCUUCUUCAUCGACGACGACGAGCUUAGAGAAGCGCAAGAAGAGACAACACGAGCACGAUGAUCAUAAUAACCAGGAAAAGCCCUACAGAGGAAUAAGGAUGAGGAAGUGGGGCAAGUGGGUGGCCGAGAUUAGAGAGCCUAACAAGCGCACCAGGAUUUGGCUUGGUUCCUACACAACUCCUGUCGCCGCCGCCAGAGCCUACGACACCGCCGUUUUCUACCUCCGAGGACCUUCCGCGAGGCUCAACUUCCCGGAGUUGGUUUUCCAAGAAGGCCAGCUGCACGACAUGUCGUCCGCCUCCAUACGCAAGAAGGCCACCGAGGUUGGCACCAAAGUCGAUGCUCUCCAAACCGCUCUCCGGUCGCCGUCGUCGCAGUCGAAAGUCGGUUCUCAGGUUAAGCCUGAUUUGAACGAGUACCCGGACCCGGAAAACUCCGAUGACAACUGAUGAAACAGUUCCUAGGCACGAUGAUGAUGAGACUGAUCACCAAACUGUCUAUAAUAUUAUUCUCUUUUCGUCGUUCGUUUCUUAAUUAUUGGUUUCUUCUUCUAUAUAUUUCUAUAUAUCUCAGUUGAUCGAUGAUGAAUAUGUAGCUACCCUACUUGUGCAAUAAGUGAGAGACAGAUAGAUAUACAUAGAGGGUGAUAUUAUCAAAAGCUAGGGUUGAUUCUGUUUUGGAUUGGUGUAGGUUUUUCGAUCAUCAUGAAACUGUAACAGCUUGAAGAGCUAGCCAUAGUUAGUUAUUGGAUCAUGAAUGAGUUCAUUCCGAUUAAUCUUUUUAGUAUUGCUUUGUAUGGUUUUGGUGGAUGGAUCAUUCUUUCUCUGCUGUUGGUAUCGGUUCUGGACCCGAGUUUGAGCAAAAGAACAAAAGGGGAAAGGAACAGCGGUGGCCUACCUCACGGUAUUGGUUGCAGAUCAUUUCAAUUUGGUUUUGAUGAGUAAGUUAGCCAAACAAGAGCAAGUAGAUAAGGAGAUAAGGGAGGAAGGUAGAGGCAAGCAAAGAAGCGGGAACAACGAUGACGUGCUGCUUGUGGUGCGAAGUAUGAGGUUGCUAGGAAUCGAAGAAGAUGGUCCUCAAUCAGAGAGGUUAUGUCACUCUCACCAUUUUACAUAGUUUCAUGAUAGGACUCAUAGUAUUGGCCGGUAGUGAAAGCUUGGUCAUGGACGGUGGAGGCUUUUCUUUAAUAUAUUUUCCAUUUUAAUUAGUGCUUAAUUACUAUUAUAGUUUCUGUGUUAUGUAUGAACACUAUGAGGAAUAUGAGAGAGCUUAAGGCUUGGCCUGUGAUCUGUCUGGGGACCAAAACUGAGCUUUUAUUUUGUAUAAGGAUGUUGAUCGAUUCCUUUUCGUUCUUUCUCUUCUGUCUUUGUAAGCCAAAAUCUGCGGCUGCCUGGCUGCCCAACUGUCUUGUAGUAAUCACAUUUUUG